AUGACCCCCUUGCGCCGCGCGUGGCGACGCCUCAAGCACAACGCCGCAGGCCUCGACCCCCACGCCCCGCCAGAGGCACUCCCGGACGCCUACUACGGCCUGCCACAGGCCAUCGCCGCACCCACCCCGCCGGAGGGCGUGUAUUUGUACGGCGACGUCGGCUGCGGGAAGAGCUUGCUCAUGGACAUGGUCUUCACGUGCGCAGACGCCCAGAUGGCUACCGCGGAGCGCGUGCAUUACCAUAGUUUUAUGAUCUCGGUGUACGAGAUGAUGCACAAGUACGACCUCAUGUCUCCGGCCGAGCGCGCCGCGGCUAACGUCUUUCACCCGCUGGACGCUGUCGUCGCUCUAAGGCUGGGGAGGCGAAAUGCUGCUGAUACUGGCGGCGGCUUGCUGUGCUUUGACGAGUUUCAGAUGGCCGACGUCGCGGAUGCACGCCUCAUGCACGGCAUCAUGACGCGCCUCAUGAAGUCGGGCACCAUCGUCUGCUUCACGGCGAACCGCGCCCCGCAGGACUUGAACCGCUCGCAGCUGCUGGACGCGGACUUCCGCCCGUUUUUGGACUUGCUGCACGACCGAUGCCAGCUCAUGAAGCUGGAUUCUGACACCGACUAUCGCCAGGUGCUGUCCAGCGCCGAUGCUUCAGACCGCCGCUACUACCUCCCCAGCGGCGCCCCGGAAAGGGACCUGCACGACCUGUGGCGCGCGGAGACCGGCACCGACUGGGACGACGUCGUGACCCGCGUCCUGCCCGUCGCGUACGGCCGUGAGUUCACGCUGCGCCGCGCGUCGCCGAGUAAGGAGGCCGCACAGCUGACGGCCGCUGAACUUAUUGAGGCGGCGGUGGGCGCCAGCGACUUCCGCGCGCUCGCCGAGGGGCUGCGCACCCUCUUCAUCACGGACGUCAUCCCCAUUUUCACCUCCGACACGAGAAACUUGGCCCGUAGGUUCAUCACCUUGAUCGAUGUGUGCUAUGAGGAGAAGGUGCGCAUCGUCAUGCGCACCGAGGCCGAGAGCUUGGAUGACAUGUUCUCCAAGGUUGAUGUCACUAAGCCCGACGCCUCGCUCGCGGAGGGCACCCAGUUUGAGACAGAGGUUGCCAAGGAGGGCGUUGGCGCGGGGAAUAGGGCCCUUGGGUCCACCACGCUGUACACGGGCGAGGACGAGGCGUUUGCCUUCGACCGUGCCGUGUCGCGGCUCAAGGAGAUGCAAACGCGCAACUUCCAUCGACGCACUGCCUUGUUUUGGUAG